GAAGCAGGAAACAAGAGGAAGUGACCAGUGGACGACCCACGCAAAGGCCAAGUCAGACGGAGCUGAACAAGCGUCUCAGGCGUCCAACAGCGAGUCCAGCAUCGCCCGACUGGUCGCUAAAGAGCUCUCCCCCUCCUUCUACCAACCAGGUCCUGAGUAUCUGAAGAAGAGGGUGUUCCAGGAGGUGGUGGAGGGCAGCGAGAACACAGACAUUGUCAUGCAUGAGCCGCUGUUGGCUGAGGAGGAGCCCCUGCCGACUCCGCCCGAGAGCCCCCUCAUGAAUGAACUGGACAGCCUCAUGCCUGGCUCUUCUCCAGGCCGCACGCCCUCCCCCAGCCCGGGCAUCAUCAGCAAGGAAGAGCCUAAACUCCUCAGUCCGGGAAGCUGGAAUGAAGACAAAUCCAGUAAAGGUGGUGGCAGUAAAGGAAGCAGUAAACCCAACAGCCGGCCCAGUAGUCGCCCCACCACCCCUUCAAACCCUAUCUCUGCUCCAGCUGCCCCUGAAGGAGGAGGGGGGCCCAGCAGCCGCGGCCCCUCUCGUACCCCCAGCCGUCAGAGCAGCAAGAACGAGCAGGGCUCCGACCUGGAGAUCAAGCCCCUGCAGAAGUUUGAGUCCGAGUCAAAAGCUCCGGACAUCGCUCCGGUGGCCCCUGUAAGGAAUAGCCUCAUCUCUCACGAUGAAGAAGAAGCUCCGCGUCCCUCUGCCAAGGCACCCAGAGCUGUCACCCCCGAGCCCAAACCUGCAGAGAUCAAACCCGAGAGAGCCCCUUCAGUCCCCGAGCCAGCGCCCUCCGUGUCCGAGCACAAAGUGGAGUCCAGGGAGGUGAGCAGGCCGUCCAGCAAAGCGGAGACAAAGCCGUUACCGAAACGGCAACCCAGCCCAGCUCCGUCCCCAAAACCUGCACCCACCCCUGAACCCAAAACACCACCGAGGCAAGUGGAAGCCAAACCCAUUGUUGCCAAACCGACUCCGAAGGUGGAUCCCAAAGUAGAAAAUCGACUGAAGGCCAUUGUGUCAAACUCGUGUCAUGAGGCAACCGCUGAGUCUUUGGAGCUGGAGGGCCCGAACACCAUCAUGAUCUGCAUGGUGAUCCUGCUCAACAUCGGCCUGGCCAUUCUCUUCGUGCACAUUUUGUCAUGAGACGUUUUCCUCCACCUCAGGUCGCCUGCGGUGUUGGAGAGAGAUGGCGUCCCUCCUCCUCAGGAAGGAGCAGAGAUGGAAAAGGGGUGCUGAUGGGAGAAGGAGGAAGAGGAGGAGAAAGAGGAAGAGGAGGGGGAGGAGCAGAGCCUCAUCUCUUCUCAAGGUUUUUCUCGGUGUGACUGUGUGAGGCUCUUUCCUCUUUCCGGAGCUUAGAGGAAGUGAAGGACAUUGACUGACAUGAUUCAUCUGGAUCUGGUGAUGUGUGUUAAAGUGCGGAGGGGGCGGGGCUGCAGAGGGGGGAGAGGGGGGAGGGGGGGGACACAAAGAAAGAGAAAAACAGGUUUUUAAAAGAACCGGCUUCUCACUAAUGAAGUUAACUGGUUAGUUAACUAGUGAACCCAGGUUCAGUAUCAGGGCCGCGCUUCAACCUCCAAUCACCCGUCAACAUUUACCUGCUCAACACAUCACACUCCUCUUCAUCCCAUCCUCUUCUUACCCUCCCUGGAGAAAGAGAAAAGAAGAGAGCCCGCCCUCAUCCCUUCAUCCUCCUUCCCGCAUCCCUAUACACACAUCCUUUCAUCCCUUCAUCCCCCUUCCUUCAUCCUUCAUCCCUUCAAUCCUUCAUCCUCCUUCCUUCAUCCCUUCAAUCCUUCAUCCUCACCCUCAUCAGUACAUCCUCUUCCCUCAUCCAUCAUCCUCCUUCCCUUAUCCCUAUACACCCAUCCCUUCAAUCCUUCAUCCUUCAAUCCUU